AAAAAAUUAAAUUUAAACUGACAAAACGAAAAUAAAUAAAAAAGUCACACUUUGAAAAAUGUCGGAUUCUGAUGAAAUUGUUAGUAGUGAUGAGGAAUCUCAAUCAGGAGAGGAGGAAAUUUUCACCAGCGAUGCUAGUGAUGCAGAAGAAAUGGCAAGAGGCCGUCCCAGUAACGAAAUGACGGUAGAAGAUUCUGAUGCCACAGAUGAUGCGGACGAGUCCAUUGCAGUGCGAAGAACUAAGGUGAAAGGUAAAAAGAAACGUGCCGCUAUUAUAGAUUCCGAAACAGAAGAAGAGGAGGAAGAUGAAAUAGAAAAUCGUGCCCUGUCACCACGCACGCGAAUGAGUAUUACCGGCAUAAGGCCGGCAGAUUUAACCGAUGAUUCCAGUGAAAUUGAAUAUUCGGAUGAAGAGGAGAAGCAGAAUGUAAGUAGCAGGAGCCGUGCCAGUGGUAGUAAAAAAUCAAAGGCCAAAUUAAGUAAUAUAUCCGAGGUAUAUAAUUCAACGGCAGAUAAUGAUACCACAGAUGAAUCACAACAAAGCGGAACUGAUGAAGAUGAAAGCGCAGAUAAAUCUAGAGCUAGAAGAUCUUUCUUAGAAGAAUCUGCUGAAGAUAAAUCCGAGUUACAUUCAUCUUCCGUGGUUACUGAAGAAGAGGAAAGAGCAGAUAAGUCUAGUACUAGAACAUCUGUCUUAGAAGAAUCUGCAGAAGAAAGGUCCGAGGUACAUUCAUCAUCUAUGGUUUCGGCUCAAUCGCAAAUAGAUGAAACAUCCCCAAGCUCUGUGCUGCAACAGAAAAGCCCUUCGCCAGCUAAAGUUGUUAGUAAUAAUAUCAGUAUGGUUAAUUCUCCUAUUUUAGCAGCACGCUACAGCACCCAUUUUGAAAGUGCGAUUAAAGAUAAAUUGUCCUCUACCUUGUAUCGGGCACCCGAAAUGGACUCUUCCGCCGAUAGUGACAUACAAAUAAUUGAACGCAAAGAGAAACCCAUCGAAAUAUCUAGUUCAGACGAUGAUGAUAAUAAGGAAAACAGCCUGGCCGAUUCACUGCAAGCCAAAUCGACACCCAAGUCUAGUAUUAUGUCUAGCGGUAAUUUAAUGCAACCCAAAAUAUCAGCAGCCCUUAAUAAAGUACCAAAUUUGAACAAUUUUACAAAACUUGGUGCUAAAAACAAAGCAGAUUUGGUAUUAGUGUCGCAGGAGUAUUACGACAAAGAAAUUAAAAAAAUUGAGGAACUUAAAUCAGAACUUCGCACUGCGGAACUAUAUUUAGGGAAAUACUCAAGUAAAUUACCCGAUGGCGGUCGCUCGUUAUCAUUACGUAUAGAACGUUUACGCAAUGAUUGUAUCAUUAAAGCCAAAUACAUAGCUUCCAUGCAUGUCGAAGAUGCUCCGGGUAGUAGUCCUGUAAUGGUGCCCAUUGACGAUAAAGAUUCUCCAUCGCAAAAACUGCAGCAGCUACAGCAGCAACGUAAGAAUUUCUUUAAUAAUCAACCACCGGAUUGGGAUGAAUUAUCGGCGGCAGUGAAUCAAAUACAACCCGUACACACGGGUAAACAGGGUUUGGCCACAUUCAACAAUCAAAAGGCUUUAACGGUGGAUCGUUUGAAGGAUUUGCAUGGCUCAUUAGAAAGUUGCCCUGCAGAAAAUGUCUUGGCCGAUGAUCCUAAAGGUCUCAAGGUAACCCUGAUGGACCACCAAAAGCAUGCUUUAGCCUGGAUGAACUGGAGAGAAAAACAAAAACCUAGAGGUGGCAUUUUGGCGGAUGAUAUGGGUUUGGGCAAAACACUAACCAUGAUUUCCCUAGUAUUAUCAUGUAAAAAUCGCGAUGAGGAAGAAGACAAUGAUGAGGAAAAAAGUGGUAGUGGUACAGAAGAAGAGGAUGAAGAGAAAAAUCCAGGGGGUUGGUCUUCCAAAGGACGUAGGGAUUAUUAUCCCGGUGGAACUUUAGUGGUCUGUCCGGCCAGUUUAAUGCGUCAGUGGGAAGCUGAAGCUCAUACAAAAGUUUCCCGCCAUCGCUUAACUGUAUGUGUUCAUCAUGGCAAUAAUCGUGAAACAAAACCUAAACAUUUACGUACCUAUGAUUUGGUAGUCACCACCUACAAUAUAGUGGGCCGAGAACAAAAAACUCGCGGAGCAAUUUUUGGCAUCAAAUGGAAGAGAAUAAUACUCGAUGAAGCUCAUGUGGUGCGCAAUCAUAAAGCCCAAUCUUCUUUAGCUGUUUGUGAGCUUAAAGGUAAAGCCCGUUGGGCUCUUACCGGCACACCCAUACAAAACAAAGAAAUGGAUGUCUAUGCUCUGCUCAAGUUUCUACGCUGUUCCCCGUUCGAUGAUUUUUCGCAUUGGAAAAAAUGGAUUGAUAAAAGUGCCGGUGGCCAACAGCGUUUAAACACCAUUAUGAAAACUCUCAUGUUGAGACGUACUAAAACUCAACUGCAAGAUCGUGGCGAACUAAAAUGUUUGCCUCAAAAGAAAAUCGAAUUAAUUGAAGUGGUACUGGAUAAAGACGAAAUGAAUGUUUAUCAGAAAAUUAUGAUCUAUUCGCGUACGCUGUUUGCUCAGUUUCUUUUUCAACGUGCCGAACGCAAUACAGACUUAAUGUAUAGCGAACAGAGUUCAAGGCCAACAUUUAUGCAAUCAAAAGAUCCGAAUGGUGCCUACUAUAAAAUGCAUCAGAAAUUCACGAAAAUUCAUCAGGGCACUAAGGAGGUUAAAUCACAUGAAAUUUUAGUGCUGCUACUGAGGUUAAGACAAAUUUGCUGUCAUCCGGGUUUGAUUGAUUCGAUGUUAGAAGAUGAUGACGCCCAUCACAUCGACGAAGAAAGUGAUGUUUCGCAGCCGGAAAUUGAUCUGUUGGCCCAACUCAAUAAACUCGCCAUUACCGAUAAGAACGAUAGCAAUCCAGCUAUGAGUCACAGUUUAAAUAGUGAUGAAUGUGAUACAUCUAUGCGACCAGAAGAACAAGUCAUGGCUAAAGCUUCGUCCCGUGUACUGCAACGUUCAAAUCCCAUAUUUGAUUAUAAAAGACCCUCAACAAAAAUGUUAAAAGUUCUAGAAACCCUUAAGCAGAGAGUUUUGUCUUCGGAUGAUAAAGCCAUAGUGGUGUCACAGUGGACCAGUGUUCUUAAUAUACUCAAAACCCAUAUUGAGGGGCAAGGUGUGGCUACACUCUCCCUAGAUGGUAGUAUACCGGUGAAAAAUCGCCAGGACAUUGUCACCGAAUUUAAUAAAGCAAACAGCAAUAAACGUAUAUUGCUAUUGUCUCUAACUGCCGGUGGUGUGGGUCUGAAUUUGGUGGGCGCUAAUCAUUUAUUGCUCAUUGAUUUGCAUUGGAAUCCCCAGUUGGAGGCCCAAGCGCAGGAUCGCAUAUAUCGUGUGGGCCAGAAGAAGGAUGUCAUUAUUUAUAAGUUUAUGUGCAAAGAUACUGUGGAGGAGCGUAUUAAAUCUUUGCAAGAUCAUAAAUUGGAAUUGGCGAAUGGUGUAUUGACUGGCGCCCGUGCUUCCGAAGGCAGUAAACUAAGUAUGGAUGAUUUGAAGGGUCUAUUCGGUUUGUAAACUUUAGCUUUGUUUGUUCUUCGCCCAUUUAAACACUGUUCUCUAUUGUAUUCAUUCCUUUAAUUUAUAAUAUAGAAAUAGUUUUUCGUUUAUUUUUUUAAUAAUUCUUACCAUUUAAAUAAACUUUUUAUACAUACACAUACCUCUACUUUAAAAUAA